AUAAGAAGCCUUUGUAUCUGAUUCUGAUCCCUAUUUUCAAAUGUCUUUCUUUUGUUAGAUGGUGUUUAGUAGGCCCGACAAUGGAUUGGAUAUUGAUCCAUAUCCAAUCCAAUUCGAUCCAUUUAAAUCACUUUAUUAGAUCAUAAAAAUUAUCCAAUAAUCCAUUAAUCAAUCCAAUAAAUGGAUCCAUUUAUCCGAUUAAUUAUAUGAAUCGAUACAUCCGGAUCGAUCCAUUACUUGAAUAUCUAAUUGCACGUGCUCUCAAAAGUCCAAACCUGAAUUUUGAAAUCAAUAAUCCAGCCUCCUCUCUCCAAAAUUCAGCUUCAAAGACCCGCAACCGGAAAGAACUGCGUAUUCGCCACCAGUGAUUUCUACUCGUUUCAUCCAGCGAUCGACGAAUUCUGCUCGCUUCAUUCAGGCCAGUGGCAGAGGCGAUAUUUUCUGCUGUAACUAGUUUUAGCAGCAUUGUUUAGUAUCAAUCCAAACAAAAAGAACAACCGAAGAUGAAACCAUAUUGUGAAGCUGAACAAUUGCCUUUGGAUAGAAUCAGCACACUUCCGCAACCCAUUUUAGAAACCAUCCUAUGUCUUUUAUCAACUAAAGAGGCAGCAAGGACAAGUAUUCUUUCAAGGGAAUGGAGGUACAGGUGGACUGGUAUUCCUAAACUUAAGUUUAAAUUGGAUAAAAUAACGAUUAAAAUCAAGAAGCAAAUGUCUGUUUCCGAGCCAACGUCUGAGAUUGCAAGUACAAGGAAGAAGAUGGACAUGAAUGAUUUACACCAUGUUCUGUUGCUGCGCCAGGGUCCAAUACACGAGCUCACCGUUUCUAUGCGGAAUUACUGGGAAUAUUACGACUGUUUUGAAUUUGAUCGGAUAAUACUUCAUUUGUCGAGGAACCAUACUAUCAAGAAACUAACACUUAAGGGGCUUUAUAAUUCAGACGACGGUUGGUAUAAAUUACCCGUAUCUGUCUUCUCGUUGCAUCACUUAACAGACCUCUAUCUUUAUAAGUUUGAUAUUGACUAUCCACCAACAUUCGAUGGCUUUGGUAGCCUUGGAAGCCUAUACUUGCGUGGUGUAAUAAUCUCUACAAAAAAUAUUCUACAUCUUUUAUCUAAUUGUCCUUCACUUAAGAGCUUCAGUCUGGAAAAAGGUGAACCAGAUGAUGAUGAAUCAAAUGAUGAUGAUGAAUCAGAUGAUGAUGAUGAAUCAGAAGAUGAUGAUGAACCAGAUGGUGAAUGCACUAUUAAUGAGCUACUCAAGUGUUUACCUGUAAUUGAACGUUUGACUAUUUCGAAUCGUGCCUUUCAGUGGCUAGUUCCAGACCCGGUUCCGCAAGAGCUUCCCACCUCACUAAUCCACCUCAAAUACUUACGUUUGGAAGGAAUGUGUAUUACUGAGGACUACAGAUUAGCUUUUCAUGUUUUGAUCAAAUGUUCCCCGAACUUGGAGGGAUUUGAGCUUGAGGUAUAUGAUACGGAAUAUAUUUUGCUGCUGCGACAGGGUCCAAUAUACGAGCUCACCCUUCAGUUGUCUGAAUAUGAAGAUGCCUAUCUGGAACUCGAUCAAAUAGUAUCUCAUUUGUCGAGAAACUAUACGGUCAAGAAACUUACACUUUAUGGAUGGUAUAAUGACUGUGGGUAUAAAGUACCCAUAUCUAUCUUCUCGUUUCAUCACUUACGGGACCUUGUUAUGUCUAAAGUUGAUCUUUACCAUCCACCAAUUUUCAAUGGAUUUGAUAGCCUUGAAAGCUUAGUCUUGAGGGAUGUAGCGAUCCCUACAAAAACUCUUCUACAUCUUUUAUUAAAUUGUCCAUCGCUUAAGAACUUGAGUCUGCUUGUACGUGCUUCAGAUGAUAAAUGCACCAUUUAUGAGCUAUUAGCGUGUUUACCUGCGAUUGAACAUCUAACUACUUGGCCUCAUAUCUCUGAGUGGGUUGUGCUAGACUCGGUUCCACAAAAGCUUCCAACCUCACUAAUCCACCUCAGAUACAUUUGUUUCAAAGACAUGACUCUUGUUGAGCGUUGUGGAUUAGCUUUUCUUCUUGUUUUUAUCAAAUGUUCACCGAACUUGGAGAAAGUUAAGCUCCAGAUUUAUUGGGGGAUUAUUCUUCAUGAGAAAUACUCCUUUGAAUGGAAAGAGUAUUCAGAUGUUUGGUUGGAGCAUCUGAAUGAAUUGGAGAUUAAAGGUUUCAAAAACUCGAAGCCUGAAAUGGAUUUUGUAAAGUUUAUCUUGGCUAGGUCACCAAAGCUGAAGAAGGUGACCAUAAGUUGCAUACGCAGUGAAGGUCAUCAGAUAGAGUUGGAGAUGUUAAGAACCCUCUUACAGGCCCCACGUGUAUCACCGGAAGUGAGAAUUGCUUCAAAGGCCUUUAACCCAUUUAACUGAAUGCUACUUUUAUAUUCAUUUUACUCUUUCAUUAAAAAUGAAUUAUCGGGGAUAUGGAUAUAAGAAGUUCGAAAGUAUGUUUGUAAAUGGUGAAAAAAACUUUUUCUAAAGAAUAGAAUAUUCAAUGAAA